AUGGAUCGGGAGGCGCAUGUGCUCUUCUUCCUCCGGCACCUGCGCAAGCUGCCAGAGCCGUACGCGGGCCAGGACCACCACCGCGUCGUGCUCCUCUUCUUCUGCAUGCAUAGCCUCGCGAUCCUCGGCGAGCUCGACCGCGUCGACAAGAAGGAGCUCAUCGACUGGGUCUACUCGCUGCAGGUCCACCCCGAUCGCCGCGACCGCAGCAUCAACGUGUCCGACUGCGGCUUCCGCGGUUCGCCGUGGAUGGGCAAUGUGUUUGGCCAACGGCCCAAGGACUACGAGAGCAGCACGUACGACGUGGCCCACAUCGCCUCGACGUAUGCGUCGAUAGCGAUUCUCCGGACGCUUGGCGACAACUUGAGCCGCGUCAACAAGCAAGCCGUCAUCGCGUCCCUUCGCCAUCUGCAAAACCCAGCGACGGGCGGGUUCUCGGCGAGCUCCCUCGGCACCGAGGAAGAUCUGCGCUUUGUCUUUUGA